AUGUCUUUUGCAAGUUCCACAGUCACUGUCCUAAGUGGACUUGUAAAUACCUUCAAAUCAACAAUACAAUCGAACGAAGUGCCCCUGAAAACCAUCGUUGCGGCUUUGUUGCUGUACGGCGUUAAAGAAUUUCUGAACGACAUCGUCUUCUCUUGCCCGGACAAGAAUUUCGAGAUUUAUGGAAGCCUUUUUAUCGUCGGUCCUUCGGUCUUCUUGUUUUGUCUCUCGCUAUUAGCUUCCACUCCGUUUUGGCAAGUUGCUACGGGUUGUUGUCUCUUAAGAUGCCGUGAACAGAAGAUUUUGUGGUCAAAAACGAAGAACGGUGUUUUUGUUGCGUUCAUGCCGCCUGUGAUAUGGGUAAUCUACGCUUUCGUGGAAAAAGACUACUACGUCUGUGCCAAACUUGGCCCUCUGAACGCAGCACUUGCUAGAGCCAAUUCAAGCGCAGAAAGAAAUGCUAUUAACCAAGAAUUCUCUCAAGCAAGAACUUUGUCGGAGUUAAUUGCAUGGGGAUUGUUGCUUGGGCUUGCAAUUUUUUCUACAUUAUUUGUCACAAUUUAUCGCGUUUUUAUGGCGAUUGAUCCAAAACUGCUGGGAAAACGCGCCUAUCACGAAUACGAAGCGGACAAAGCUGUGAUGCUUUUCAACGAGAAAAUAAAACCUCUCGCGGAGCAAGACGCGGAACAGCUUGUUGACCAUUUAUUCGAGAAGCACAAAGAGAAAACGCAUGAGGAUCAGAUAAUACAUAUCGAGGAGGAGCUCAAAAAGAUAUUUCCAAGACAUGCAGGUGAUUUGAGUGGGCCUUUUCGAGUGGAAACAGAAAGACCAAAAUCAGAUAGUCCAAUUUCGACUAGUUCAGUGGCUCCAUCGCCACCUCGUACCAAACCUCCACCAACAGGGGAUGUGGAACUACGACCUAUUAUGUAUGUAACACAUACAUAA